AUGUUUGCCGAUGCGCUUGCCUGGCUCUUGCGCGAAGAUCGCCCGAAUGCUGUCAUUGCGACGCUGACGGAGGGCAUUGCUUUUCGUACACAACAUGGCCGGCAUGCUUGCCGAGGCAGAGCUUCGCGGAUUCCGCACGAAGAUGCUUUGGCGCAGCGAGUGGCUAGAGCCGUGUUGGCCGCGCAGCAGCAGGAGGAGCUGCGGUCUCAAUUUGGGGACUUCCUCGAUUCCUGGAUGAACGCAGAUGCUGCUCGAGAUGCUGUUUUGGAAGAGGGAAUGGCUUUCCGUCUGCAGCACGAUCCUUUUCCUCGCCGGGGUCGCGAAGCUGAACUCGAGGGUGAAGACGCAUUAUACCAGCGCAUCGCCAGAGCGGUGCCACUUGCGCAGCAGCAGGAGGAGCUGCGGUCUCAAUUUGGGGACUUCCUCGAUUCCUGGAUGAACGCAGAUGCUGCUCGAGAUGCUGCUUUGGAAGCUGCGCGAUGUGCUUUACAGGAGGGAAUGGCUUUCCGUCUGCAGCACGAUCGUUUUCCUCGCCGGGGUCGCGAGGAGCUGCGGUCUCAAUUUGGGGACUUCCUCGAUUCCUGGAUGGACGCAGAUGCUGCUCGAGAUGCUGCUUUGGAAGCUGCGCGAUGUGCUUUACAG